GUGUGUGUGGUCCCCAUGCUCCGGGCCCAUGUCUCUCCCGGCAACCGCGGCUCCGGCUCCAGGGCAAGGGGUGGCAGCGGGGCCGGGCCGGGCCGGGCCGGGGCCGGGCAGGCGGGUCGCGGGAGAGCGAGAGGGGAGCGGGGCCGGGGCGGGAGCGAGGGCACGGGCAGGGCUGGGCCGGGCCAGGGAAAGCGAAAGGGAAAGGGAAAGCGGGCGGCGGGCCCAUGGCGUCGGGGCAGGAGCAGGCGGCGGCCGAGCGGCCCCAGGGACUGGCCCCGCUGGGGGCUGCGGGGCAUCACGUCCUGGCGCUGCCCGCGCUGCCCGGAUGCCAGGUGGCUCUGGCAGGAGCUCCGUGACCUUGGGCUCUUCUCUGGCCGGGAUCAGGCCUGGCUGGAGGCCACAAUCCUGGCGCAGGAAGGGGCCAGGAGCAGCUACCGCCAGUGCCCGCGCUGCCAGCUCCUGGUGCAGCGCCCGGCGCCCGGGCCCCUGCGCACUGCCUGCCCCCCCUGCUCCAGGAAGGCCAAGCAGCUGCGCUGCUUCUGCUGGGGCUGCCACCAGGUCUGGGAGGAGACGUCAGCCCUGGGCGACACCAGCCAUGGCUCCCUGUGUGCCCUGCUGACCGUGCUGCAUGAUGCUCCUGAAAUCCAGGCUCCCGAGUCGUCCGUCCAUGGCUGCCCCUCGCUUCGAGCCUGUCCCGAGUGCCGGGCUUUGGUGACGCACAAUGGGCUGGGUUGCCCUAUGGUGCGGUGCCCUCAAUGCCAGGCCUGGUUCUGCUACCGCUGCCUGGAUGUGGCUGGGCACUGGCGUGUCUGUAUGGUUGCAGCCCGGCAGCAGGACUUCAGCAGGCGUGCUGCGUAUCCUCCUCCCAGUGACCAGCCUGUGCUCCCCACUCAUUGGAUUCAGCCCAGGCUCCAUGUCCCCAGGCAGCAGGCCCCUGUGCCCAACUCCUCCUGUGCCCUGCAGUAGCCCCUGGGCCACGGAGCAGGGCCCAGAACUGCUCCUCCCAUGCUGCACCUCCGCCUGCCCCCACUGGAAAUCCUGUGAGGCUCGGACCCCAGCAGGAGCUCUGCCCACAACUGCCUGCACCUUGAUCCGCAAGGCCCCGUGAGUUGGGAGCGGAUGCCUUGAUAGCUGUGGCUGGGCACUCCAGCCCCCUCACUCCUACUGAGGUGCUGGGACUGGGGGAAAACCUAAGCACUGCUAAUAAUCUAGGCAGCUGGAGCGGUGCGAUUGCAUUUGAGAUGGAAGCAAAAACAAGCGUACUUUUCAGGUUUGGAAAAGGAAAUGCCUCUUCCUUGAGCAUCCAGGCAGGGCAGCCAACGUUCAUUCAACAUUAGUGUCAAGCCUGAGUUCAUGUUUCUAGCUAACGCAGCACACAGAGUUAAGGUUUCCGAGUUAAGGUUUGUAGCUAACAUUGAAGGUGGUCUGCAGGGCUGCAGAACAGGAGCUACAUGACCAGAAGCAGCCAGCAGUUAGCCCCACACUCCCCUCUGGAGUAGUGGAGGAGAGGACCAGCAAGGGGUCACCUGCCUGGUGUCUAGGCACAGUCCUUCCUCACAGGGAGACCUCAGCACUGAGCGUGUGAGAUGGGCUGGGAACAUCCUGUCCUGGCUAGGUUGGCUCCUGAUCUGCUCACUCCCCUCUGCAGGAGCUCUGGCAAUCGUAGUCCACAUCUUCCCUGUACCCUGGCUGGCCCCAUGGGUUGGAAGGUGACAUGGGAUCUGUCCUCUCCAAAAGGCCCAGCUUUGAUGCAGUCCCAAACAGGGGCAUUGGCUCAGGCAGGGGCAGGAAAUGGGGUCAGUGACCUUUCCCCUCUAGGGUGUGUGGUUCCAAUCCAGUCCCUGGGUGUGGGCUUGUGCCACAAACACAAAAGCACUGGAGUGUAAACCUGGUCUCCCAAGGUCCUCCUCAGCUGCCUAUUGGCACCAGAGUGAACCAAGGACAACCUGGGACCCAUGGACAAGGGCUUUAUGUGGCCAUAGCUCUUAAUUGAAGCCCCUCCAGUUGGGGAACCCAAUUCUCUGGGCUCUGUAGGAGGCCUUGAGCUGCUGGAGCAGCAUGGGAGGAAGCGGCAGCUCCAUGACACCAGCCUGUGCAUCCUCUGGACAUUCUCCCUUCUCCAUUGCAGCCUCCAGCAGGUGCAGUGAUGUCAGCCAGUGCUGCCUCCUUGGCACCCCUCCUACAUUGCAGCCUGGCCUUUCUUGCUGAAGACCAAGACCCAGUCAUCCAGUGACAUCCCAACACAACACAACCCAACUCAACCCAACCUAACCCAACCUAACUCAAGCCAACCCAACAACGUCAUGAGUUCUCAGAGAGCUAGUGGUGUAUUGCCAUCUUCUUUUGCUUCGAGCUCUUUCUUCUGUUCCUUCCCCACUUUCAUCAUCAAUCUUUUCUGCUGUGCCAGCUUUGUUCUGACUCCUUUGUCUUUGUCUGACAGGAAAAGGCAGUGGGCAGUUGAGUUUGUCCAACAUUGUUCAUCUACCUCCUGUUAUGUUGCAUUCUCUAUAAUGUUUCCCAUGUGGUCUGCUUCAUGCAAAACAAGAGACACUCUAGGAGUGCCUAUGCCCUUCGUUUCAGCACCUUCAGUAAGGCUUUGGAUGUAGACAUUUGCUUCCCCUCUACUGCUAUCUACCUCAGGGGCAGGCUGGGGGGAUCUGUCUGGGUGCCCAGUCCCAACAUGCCUCCCUUAUCAGUAGGUCCCAGCUUGUAGCUUCCUCUGCCCUGUCAUGGAGCUGCUGUCUCUAGGGCCAUCUGGGCCAGAGCCUGACCCACACCCCUGCCUCUGUGGAAAUUUAAGGGAUUCCUAACUGGUCCCACCCUGCUGUAGCUACUGGGCUUGGGAGGAAAUGGAGCCAUGGCUUGGGAGUGAGGGACAGCAGCACGGGCUGCAGUUUGGGAGUGAGGGGCACUGACAGGGUGGGGUCAGGGACUGGGAGGGGGCUGGACUUUAUGGUGGUGUUUGUGGCUGGUUCUGGGUGUCUGUUAACCCUUAACACCCCGCAACAUCAGGCAGUAUCUUCAUAGGCCAUAGAAGAAAGAGGCUCUUGCCACCCCAGGGACCAUUGCAGAGGGCACGCCAAGUGCUGAUAUGCAGCCAACUCUACUGAGCUGCAGAAGCCACAUAUAACACCACUGGCUCCACAUGGAGGGCUCACCUGAAACUCAGAGCAGCCAACUCUGGAAUGGGGCCGCUGGGAAACAGUCCACCCUGCAGAGUCUUGAGAUCCAGCCAGGAGCAGAGGGAUAGCCUGGGGCACCUGGCUCUGAUGAGCAGGAGCCUGAAGCAGGGUCUGAUUGUGGGAGCCAGUAUGCCUGGGUUGUGUCCCCCCAUCCAGGAGUGGAGUGGGGUUUGGGGGCAUUGAGCUGGAAGGGGCUGGGAGCCUUCUUUGUGACUGGCUUCUCUGAGUGAUGCCUCCUCAGGCUCUUCUAUCGUCCAUCAAGCUGCAGCCUCUGCUAGCCAGAUGUCAGGGACUCUGAGCAGGCAGAUCUGCCUGUGGCAAGUGCUGCAGCAGAUACACCUGCAGGAAGUCCAGCUAGUGACUUUUGCCCCAAUAUAGGAGCAGCCAGCGCCAGGGGUGGCUGCUGGAAGCACCACCUAUACAUUUAGCACGAGCCGGGCCCUGAGUCUGCAGCCCAGCCCUCAGUUCUGCUGAGACAAGCCUCCUGCACUUGGCGUGUCCUGCCUCCUGACCUUAGUUUUUGGUUUAUUUCUGAACUUCAGCUUUGGAUUUCCAGGGCACUGUCAGAAGUGCUUUUAAGCUGCCUAGGAAGGUGAGAUUUUUGUCUGAUGAAUCUGAAUAAGACAUGAACAUUUAAUUAUAAUGAUUGUGGGAUGGAUAAAUUGAUGCCUUUUUGAUGGCAGUGGCUAUUUUUGCCUAGUUUCUUGUGUUUUUCCAACUCAAUAUAUGAUCUAGCAAAUUAGUGAACAUUUCAAUAAAGUGUUGUUGUUAUUCUUG